AGCAAUCUGCCUCCUUCGAUUUAAGACGACACGUUAAAUCCUCCACGAUGGCGGCAGCAGCAUCGGCUCCUCCACCUGCUCUCACAUUUCCUCGCCCUAUCUUCGCAGCCGUGUCCUCGCAUCCAUUUCUCCAAGCACACCUCUCGUCAGACCAGUCUAAGAGGACCUUGCGCGCCAAUGGCCGCACAGCACAUGAGUUCAGAACACCGGGCAUAAACACUGGAAGCUUGACGCACUGCAAUGGCUCUGCCGUCGUACGAUUAGGCAACACAACCGUAGUCUGCGGUGUACGGGCAGAAAUACUGAAGGAGGAGGACAUACCAGGCACGUUCGCGGAUCCUGUCUUAACAGCAGGAGGGAGCGAUGACAAUGACGACAGUGCCGACGAUGGAAAUGAAGUAGAGGCGGCGCGGUUACUCGUACCCAAUGUCGAACUAUCCACUGGCAGCACACCAUCCCACAUCCCCGGCAACGCACCGUCUACCUUUGCGCAAACCCUCAUAACUCGCAUACGCUCCCUCCUACAUAGCACACGCCUCCUUCGCGCCUCGGAUCUCCGAAUACUACACCAACCGUCCACCAAUCCCGAAGAUCCCGACGUCCCAGCUGAAACGGAAUUGAAGGGAUACUGGGUCUUGUAUCUGGAUGUCUUCUUCAUCUCCAUAGACGGCAACGCCUUGGAUGCAUCUUGGAUCGCUAUUCUCGCUGCGUUGAGGGAUACGCUCAUCCCACGCGCCUACUUUGACGAGGAAUACGAGGGGAUACUGUGUUCAGACAGCCCCAAGGAGGCGCGACGACUGCGCUUACGAGGUCUACCGGUUCCUAGUUCGUUCGCGGUGUUUGAGGGUAGGCAAGAGGCUGAAAAGGGGGAUGGCGAGGAUUGGGUCCUGAGUGAUCCAGAUGCAUUUGAGGAGGCGGUUUGUCGGGAGAGUGUGACUGUGGUUGUGGACUGUGCCAGCGCAGGGAAGGGCACAAACGAUGCGAUGAUUAGGAGAGUGGAGAAGAGUGGGGGUGGGAUUGUGAACAGGGAGGAGUUGAAGGGAUUGGUUAAGAGGGCUAUAGAUCACUGGAGUGUGGUCGAAGGUGCACUGAGUGGAAGGGCUUGAAGAAGACAGCAAUACAGAAUAUGAUACCCGAAUGCAUUGCGGCGUCACCAGUAGGAGAAAGGGACACCAUGGAUCACUUGAAGAUUGCGGUAAAAUUCAAAUAAGAGAUAACAAGCGUACAAUAAACCCGAGGAUCCAACCCGUCCUUAACGC